CUCACUGUCCUUGCAAAUUCUCCAAAUUCCACUUUCCUCUCUCUCUCUCUCUCUCUCUCUUCUCUCUAGAAAGGUUAGUGUUGUCGUGAGGUUCUCGCUUGUUGGGUUCUCACCCCAUUCUUGUUGCAAUCGUUCCAAUGGCAUUUACUGCAAGCAAAGUUUCAAGCAACCCUGCAUCAACUAACAUGGGGAGUCUUCCUAAAUCACGUGGAGUUCUGAACUCUUUUUCCAAGUCAAUGCAACAAAACAAAUUCCAUUUCACGGGUCAAUCAGGUGAACUAAGGAAAGUAAGUCUUCGAUGUCUCUCGGCGACAAAUUUGUGUUUUGCCAAUGAGGUUUUGUGGCGCAAAAAUGGCAAAACUUUAAACUUGACAACUUCACGAAGACCUUCCACAUUAUGCCGGUCAAGUGGAUCUCGAAACUCAAAAACAAAAGGAGGUCUUAGAACUUGUGAUGAUUGUGCAGAUACAAGCAGUGCACAAAUUGGAGAUAAGGAAGAUGAAUAUCCAGUCAUGUCCGAGAGAAGUAUUCACUCUACCAAGGGCUUAGCUGAUGCCUGUAGAUUUGUUUACAAUGAUGCAAAGUUUGUGAACGAAAGGGCUCGCAAUGACAUUGUCUUGCUUUCACGUGGCAUAAUGAGGUUGGAUGCCCGUGCACGCCAAGAUGUAGCUUUUCUUGGGUCAGAGUUUCUCAAGCUUGAUGCUCGGGCGAGAGAGGACACUGAGAAACUUGACCGUGGUGUGAAGAAGAAAGCCGAACGGCUUCAUCAUAUUGCUACAAUCUUGAAAGACAAAGCUGGGUCUAGAUUGAAAACUGCUGCCGAUAAGCAUUGGAGUGAUGGAGCGUUAGAGGCUGAUUUGCGCCGUGCUGACUUUCGUGCCAAACAACGUGCAAUGGAAGAUGCUUUAAUGGCUUUGAAGUUUGUCAAAAACAUCCAUGACAUGAUGGUCAGUCGAAUGUACAAAUUUCCUCUGCGACUUGACAUAAUGGACCGAAUAAUGCUCGAAAAGAAUGGGAGAACUGUUGAGUACUUCCCAGGAGAAGUGUCUACCGAUCGCAUUACUGCUAUUCAGGAAGCGUACUGGAGUAUGGCAUCUGCUCUCUCUGAAGCUGAUGGAAUCGACUAUACUGAUCCCGAAGAGCUUGAGUUGUUGAUUGCAACUCUUAUAGAUCUGGAUGCAAUGGAUGGAAAAAGUAGUGUUUCACUAUUGGCAGAGUGUUCAAGUUCUCCUGAUGUCAAUACUAGGAAAGCAUUAGCUAAUGCGUUGGCUAUAGCUCCAUCCAUGUGGACUCUUGGUAAUGCAGGCAUGGGAGCAUUACAGAGACUUGCAGAAGAUAGCAACCCGGCAAUUGCGGCUGCGGCAUCCAAGGCUAUCUAUGAACUGAAGAAACAAUGGGAGAUUGAGGAAGGGGACAGCUGGAGGUUUAUGGUAAGCCAAAUCCAAAAAAUUAAGGAAGAAGGAAGUGAAGGAGAUGACAAUGAUACAGAUACAAUUUGAGAAGUGUUUUGAAGAUUCUGCUGUAAAUACCAAAGAAGCUCUAAUUAGUCAUAGGAUAAGCCCACUAAUCACAAGAAAAUAAGUAAUGCUAAUGUAUAAAUCCAGUGCUACUGCUAGCAUGUGUUUAUUCAUACGCAAAAAAAAAAAAAAAAAAAAAAAAAAAAAAGGGUGCUAGCAUUUUGCGUUUUAAGGGUACCUUCUUUUGUCAAAUCUAUUCCCAAGGCUUUCUACAAGUGCCCAAAUUUAGUUUUAUUUCUCGGGUCUUGUACACCCAAAAAACAUGGGCUUCAUAUACAACUUUGGUGUUGUUUAUUCAUAAAGGAUAAUCUUAUGCAAUAAUAGAGUUAUAGAGGUGGGAUAACUGAUAUAAGCACAUGGAGAUUUGAAACAGACCAAUUGGAAUUUGGACAUGGUAAUUGAGAUGACUAGUAAACUAUUUCACUGCACAAGAUUACCUUGGUUUACCAAAUUUUUGUGCUUAUCUGAACUCUGAAAGUGUCUUUUGAAUUUUGAAGCAUAUGCAAACGGCCAUAUAAGCUCUCUCUCUCUCUCUCUCUCUCUGAAAG